CCCGGAGAAACAUGCAGGUCAACAACAGCAGCUCCUCUGGACUUGUGACAGCGUUGAAUGAGUGCGAAGGGGAAGAGGAUGAACGCAAAAUCUCCGAACUGGUCAGUCCUACAGGAGCAGCCUCCUCUUUUAACCUCUCGUUAAACUGCUGGCUUCACAUACUCUCUCAGGAGUCCUCGCUGGAUCUGCACGGAGACAGCGCCAACCUGGCAGUACGAGUUGUCAUUGCCACAGUCUAUCUGGUUGUAUGUGUCCUGGGGCUUGUGGGUAAUCUCCUAGCGCUCUUCCUGCUUCACUCCCGUCGCCGAGGGUACCACCACUCCUCCAUUGACUGCUUUGUGAUGAGCCUGGCUCUCACAGACCUCCAGUUCGUCCUCACCUUGCCCUUCUGGGCCGUGGACACGUUGCUGGACUUCCGCUGGCCCUUCGGCCGGGUCAUGUGUAAAAUCGUGAGCUCAGUCACCACCAUGAACAUGUACGCAAGUGUCUUCUUCCUCACUGCCAUGAGCGUGACCCGAUACCGCUCUCUGGUUACCGCUCUGAGGAUGGAGAGCCCUAGGACUGCAACUACUCGGGCCAAGUGGGCCAGUACAGCCAUCUGGGUGGUGUCUCUGGUGGCCACACUGCCUCAUGCUUUCUACUCCACCACUGUCCAGGUUUCUACAGAUGAUGAGCUGUGCUUGGUUCGCUUCUCUGACUCCGACUCAGGUCAGUGGGACCCCCAAGUCCUGCUGGGACUCUAUCAAACACAGAAGGUCCUUCUUGGAUUUGUGGUUCCCCUGAUUAUCAUCUCUGUGUGCUACCUCCUCCUGUUGAGGUUUAUCCUGAGCCGGCGCGUUGUGGGCAGCAUGGUAACCGGGAAUGUCACAGAGAAGUCAGAGUGUGAGAGAGGACGCCACCGUCGCCGCUCCAAAGUGACCCGCUCUGUCACAAUUGUAGUUCUGUCCUUUUUCAUCUGCUGGCUGCCCAACCAGGCGCUCACCCUGUGGGGGGUGCUGAUCAAAUUUGACCUGGUGCCCUUCAGCAAAGCUUUCUACAACACCCAGGCCUACGCGUUCCCCCUGACUGUGUGUCUGGCUCACGCAAACAGCUGUCUUAACCCAGUGCUCUACUGCUUGAUCCGAAAAGAAUACAGAACUGGCCUGAAGGAGCUUCUGCUGAGAAUUUCUCAAGCAGUCCAAAAUGUUUUCACCAUGUCUCUGAGAGGGAGGAGAGUGGAGGAAGCACCACCCAGCAUGGUUAUGUUACAUAAAGACAUUAAUAUGUGA